AUGAGCCUAACAAAACAAAAUACUACCGACGGGGCGUCCGUUACCCAUAAACCAACAAAUUCAGACGCAGAAAGGUUAGAACAGCUGGGAAUCCAGGAUGAACUUGUGCGAGAUUAUUCGCUGCCAUCUUUGGUUGGACUUUGUCUAUGCCUGAUGGGAACAUGGGAAGCCAGUUCAGCAGUUCUUACACAAGCACUAUUGAGCGGCGGAGCCCCUUGCCUCUUCUACAAUUUCCUUCUCACCUUCUUCUGCACGCUUGCUAUUGGGGCUUCGUUGGCUGAGAUUGCAUCCAUAUAUCCAACAGCCGGAGGCCAGUAUCAUUGGGUCACGGCCCUAGCCCCUAGAUCGGUAAAUAAGUUUGCGGGCUGGAUAACUGGCUGGAUCUCACUAGGCGGUCAGAUUGUGCUCACAGCAUCGCCCGCAUUCAUAUCAGGCCUGAUGGUUCAGGGCCUUGUUAAUCUCAAUGACGAUACCUAUAUAGGCACCAGAUGGCAGGGCAUGCUAUUUUAUUGGGCCUUUGUUAUCUACGCUGCAGUCAUGAAUGUCUGGGGCCAUCGAUUCUUGCCCAUGGCAAACUUGAUAUCUGGCGUUUUACACGUUGGUUGCUUCGUCAUUGCGUUUGUCGUGCUCGCUGCUAUGUCCAGGAAAAACUCUGCCGAGUUUGUCUUCACGGAAGUUUCGAACCAAACUGGCUGGCCUAAUGACGGAAUCGCCUGGAUGGUAGGUUUAAUCAGCACCAUCUAUCCGUUCCUUGGAUACGACGCGGCAUGUCACCUGGCUGAAGAGAUCCCCCAUGCGGCACGAAAUGUUCCUAUCGCCAUUGUGGGGAGCAUCACCAUCAAUGGCUUGAUGGGACUGGCUUUUGCCACUAUGCUCUUGUUUUCCAUCGGGUCCCUGGAAGACCUUCUUGCUACAACAACUGGCUUUCCAUUUAUCCAAUUAUUUCUCGAUAUUACCAAGUCCCACGCCGGCGCAACCAUCCUAUCACUUUUCCCCAUCAUUAUCGCCAUGGCUGCGGCCGUCGCGGGCGUGACGUCUACCUCGCGAACCCUAUGGGCCUUUGCUCGCGAUCAUGCUACACCAUUCUCAGGGUUCCUGAGCCAUGUCAGCCAGGAGAAGCAGGUUCCGGUUAGGGCUAUAUGGACCAUCGUAAUUCUUCAGAUUGUUCUUGGCUUCAUCUAUCUGGCAAGUUCAACUGCAUUCAACGCCAUUCUUUCUAUGGCCAUUGUCAGCAUGUACGCCUCCUAUAUUAUUCCAAUAGCGGCAAUGCUUUUCGGAGGCCGCGGACGGGUGCGAUCAACCGACUACGGGCCUUUUAAGCUAGGGCAACCGCUUGGGGUUAUCUUGAAUAUCGUCAGUGUCGGCUGGAUCCUUGUUUCGAUGGUAUUUAGCACCUUUCCCAGUGUUAUGCCUACUACUGCGGAUAACAUGAAUUACUCUAUUGUCGUCGUUAUGGGAUGGCUUGUAUUUGGAAUUCUCUUCUACCUGGUCUCGGGUCGUCGAAAGUUUGAGAUGCCAAUAGUUAGCGCAGGACUGAUCAUGGGGAUUCCACUGACCGCAGACCCUGCGGCUUAA